AUGUGGUCAAAGGUUUAUAAAGGAAACCCAAGGCUACCCGGGCUCCUUGCCAUUUCCUGUUCCUUGGGGUCUUGCAUCUUGGGGUCUGGCAUGAUGAAGACCUCUGUGCUCUUAGCAAUAACUACAACGUGUUCUGAAGAUUGGCUGUUAGUCAGAAUGAAAAGAAGGCCGUAUGAUAAUGAAACGGAAAUUAGAAUUGGCGACAUAUCCCUGGGAGAUAACUGCCCUGUAACAAGACUGAUGUUAGAGAGCUACGAGUUUUCUUAUCCUGUCAUUUAUUGUGGGAUCAAGAAAAUUGUGGUGGAAGGGAAUGAUGUUGUUAUAUUAUCUGAGAUCAAUUAUACACCAGUGUUGGACGUCAUCUAUGAAUUUCCGGUGAUUUGCUUUGUGAAGAGGCGUAAAGCCCCAACUACGUUGCAUUUUGGAAUGAAUGGGCACGAAGCCAAGGCUAUGGGUGAUGGCUCUCAAGGGACAAAAGAAGGGGAAGCCUCCUCAGCUCAUUCACAAAGUACAAACUGUGAAGUUAACUUUAGCAGCAUUAAUAGGAGCGCCUGUCCAUGAAUCACUGCAUCAAUAAUGCCUGUGUUAUGACUUCCACUUUUCCCUAAG